AUGACGGAAUCAUUGUUUGACACCAAUUUCACUUCUGAAAACGAACCCAAGUUAACUGGUAACCAGUCCGCCACUGAAACCCAAUCACAUCCUGAGGGUCAUGCUAUUGCAUCUACAGGAAGCAAUACAAACAAUACUGGCAAUACCAAUGCCAACACAGCUGCUGCUGUCUCUGUCAAUAGUACUGAAGCUCAUGCUGCAAGUUCUGACCAUGUCGCCGCCACCGAUGCUGCUUCAUCACAGGAACAUCACGACCAUGAUGAUGGGUAUGAUCAUUCUACUUCAUUACCCUCAUUGGAUGACAACACCAACGCCGAUGCAUUGAUAAAUUACCGUGUUUUGGUAUCAGCCAAAGAAGCUGGUUGUUUGAUUGGACAAAAUGGGAAAGUUAUUGAUUCAAUUAGAGAAGAAACAAACACCAAAGCAGGAAUUUCUCGAUUGAUUGCUGGUACCCACGAGCGUAUCUUGACUGUUUCCGGUAAAUUGGACGAUUGUGCCAAGGCUUUGAGUUAUUUUGCUCAAGCAUUACUUGGAUCAUCAAUUGAAACUUACAACUAUUUUCCAUUAAAACAAUUGAGCUCGACUCCGUGUGUUGAACAUGAGACAACAAUUUUAAGAUUAUUGAUCCCUAAUAGUCAAAUGGGCACAUUAAUUGGUGCCAAGGGUGCAAGAAUUCAACAAAUUCAACACAAUUUCGGUAUUUCCAUGAUUGCUUCUAAAUCGUUUUUACCUGGGUCUAACGAAAGAUUAGUGGAAUUGCAAGGAACGGUGGAUGACUUGUAUGACGCAUUGAGAAUUAUUUCACGUUGCUUAAUUGAAGAUUUCUCAUCGAGCGUUGGCACCACUACCUACUACGUUCCCAAGAGUCAUCAGUCAACAAGAAAGUCUACUGCAACGAUCAGCUUCCCUAAUGAUAUGGUUGGAGCUUUAAUCGGCAAGAAUGGAUCAAGAAUCCAAGGGGUGAGGAAAGUCAGUGGAGCCAUGAUUGGAAUUGGCGAAGCUGUUGAAGGUUCAGAUGAGCGAGUAUUCACUAUAACUGGUACCCAACAAGCCGUGGAAAAAGCUAAACUGUUGUUGUAUCACAAUUUGGAAAGGGAAGAGCAAAGGAGAGCUGAAGCAACUGAAUAG